AUGCGCUCGAUAGAUGCUCUCCCACGAGAAAUCUGGCUCUCCAUCGCCAGUCUGCUCACCCGGGAGGACCUCCUUAAAUUCAGGCUUGUCAGCCCGAGACAACUUCUCCCAGAGGUCAAUUCAAUCGUAUUCGAAAAUCUCGUCAUCAAUGUGGACGGUUCCGAUGAUUUAACGAGAUGGUAUGAUGCUGAGCGUGACGGAGUUGCAAUCCAGCGACUCAACGACGUUGCAAAGAGUCGAAUUGCGGAUCAUGUCAGGACUCUCACUUUGAGGGUCACUAGGCCUUAUAGUCUGUCCGCAUUCUAUGAGGAGAGGUUUGGCGAGAUAAACCAUCCCGUUCGUAACUAUGCACAGAGCACCACACGGACUAUUAGCAAACGAAUCUCUGGUAUUUUCCGUAAAGGACCAGCAAAGCAACGCUUCCAGCCUUCAACCCGACGUGGCGUCGACUACGACAAAGAGCUAGCCAACGGUCUCCGGAAUCUCUUCAAGGCGACUGACCUCGUCAAGUUGGUUCGCAUAAAACCUGCAGAUGGCUAUGUCUCGGAGUACGACAUUGUCUAUCCGUCUGUAUAUGGCAGAGUCCUUGUGCGAACUUUCAAGGCCCUUAGAGACGUAAAAAUAUCUGCAAACGCGACGUUUGAGAUCCUAGACUGCCCCAUUACUCAUAUCGAAGAGUCUGGACAGUCGUUGGACCAACAGCUUGUCUCGGACGUCCUGCACAAGUUUACGACAUUCGGAUUCAGCUACCGCAAAAUGGCUUACGCGGUGAUUAAGCGAGAUGCCUCAUCCGGAGUAUUAGGAGGAGGUUACCAGCGGAACCAUUAUCGCACCCAGGAUAGAUUGGAUCCCAAAGGACUUGGAAUGCAGCUACUCAAGGCAUUUAGUGUUAGCUUCUCGCACCUCGAAGGCUUGAUGCUUAGAGGUAUAGAAGAUGGACCGCACUUUGCCGACCUUCUUCUCUCGUCCAAGGCAGAGAAACCAAACUUCCGAUGCCUCAAACUUGCACAUAUACAGGUUUCCAAGGAGACCCUAACCAGUUAUAUCAACCCCUGUCUACAUCAGAUGCAAACAAUCGUUUUCGGCAGAAUGAAGAUGGUUGGGGAAGACAGUCAUCACAAGAUCGCACUUCUCGACGAAUGGAUCGCCUUGAGGCAGAAAGAAGGCUCCAGAGAAUGGCACCUGGAAACGUUGGCUUUCAAUGAUUUCUACUGGACCUAUACAAACUCUCCCUCUGAUGAGAUACGCCGCCGAAUUGAACGGCUGACCAUUAGGCCAAAAACGAAAAAGAAGGCAACGUCACCGGUGCGAGGAUUCUUGGGAGACGAUUCACAGUUUGCAAUUUGA